GGAUUGGAGGGGCGGGGACAGACGGCGUUUGAAACGAGAGCUUUUUCCAGAAACUAUCCAGAACACAGCUCGGUUUCUGAUUUCUCAGAGAAGAUACCCCAGCAAUUGCUUUCCUUGCCGACUUUGCUCUUCCUCUCCCGGCGCGGAGAUCACGUACCGCGUGCUCCGAGGGCGGCCACACACCCCAACGCCCAACCUCGGUGCCACUCUCCCGCGGAGGAGAAUGGCCCCGGCCCCCGCUUUCUGGGGCACCGGUCCUAAGAGGGCGCCUGCAGGUAGAGCGCCCGGACCCCAUCGUGACUCUUGCUGUAGAGUGGGGUGAAAGUCUGGGGAGAAUCGCCUUGCCAUCGGCAAGAACAGAGUUGCUCAUUGCCUUCGUCUGCACCCUCCUUUUCAUAAAGUCCUGAUUGCCCCCGCGCACCCCAAAGCUGGCUGCAGCACCCGCCUUUGGAGCUCUAAGAACCCCUGAAGACUCCGCAGGGCGAACUGCCCUGUGCUCUGCUCUGGUCCAUGCCUAGACAAUGGGUUCCUCUUGGCCGGGAUUGUUUUAAACUGCUCCCAGCAAUUCACGCGACAUCUGACACCGGCAGUCCAGCCCGCGCAGAGCUGAAACAGAUUAUGUCUACUUUGAGAAUUCCUCCAGCAACCCGUACCUAAUCAGGAGGAUAGAAGAACUCAACAAGACUGCAACUGGCAACGUGGAAGCAAAAGUAGUAUGCUUCUAUAGACGACGAGAUAUUUCCAACACGCUUAUAAUGCUUGCAGAUAAGCAUGCUAAAGAAAUUGAGGAAGAAUCUGAAACAACCAUUGAGGCUGACUUGACUGAUAAACAGAAACAUCAGUUGAAACAUAGGGAACUCUUUUUGUCUCGCCAAUAUGAAUCUCUGCCUGCAACACAUAUCAGGGGGAAAUGCAGUGUUGCCCUUCUGAAUGAGACAGAGUCAGUAUUGUCAUAUCUCGAUAAAGAGGAUACCUUUUUCUACUCAUUGGUCUAUGACCCCUCUGUGAAAACACUAUUAGCUGACAAAGGUGAGAUCAGAGUGGGACCUAGAUAUCAAGCAGACAUUCCAGAAAUGCUCUCAGAAGGAGAAUCAGAUGAGAGGGAACAGUCAAAAUUGGAAGUUAAAGUUUGGGACCCAAAUAGCCCACUUACAGAUCGACAGAUUGACCAGUUUUUAGUUGUAGCACGUGCUGUUGGGACAUUCGCUCGAGCCCUUGAUUGCAGCAGUUCUGUACGGCAGCCUAGUUUGCAUAUGAGCGCAGCUGCAGCUUCCCGAGACAUCACUCUGUUUCAUGCUAUGGAUACAUUAUAUAGACACAGCUAUGACUUGAGCAGUGCAAUAAGUGUCUUAGUGCCACUUGGAGGACCUGUUUUAUGCAGAGAUGAAAUGGAAGAAUGGUCAGCCUCUGAAGCUACUUUAUUUGAAGAGGCACUGGAAAAAUAUGGCAAAGACUUCAAUGAUAUACGUCAAGACUUUUGCAUUAGGGACAGCAAGAUGGGAGUCAGAGGGAGUGCUGAGUCACCUAUCUGUAAAAGUCUGCUGCUACAGUUAAAAGUUCUCCCUUGGAAAUCAUUGACUAGCAUCAUUGAAUAUUAUUACAUGUGGAAAACUACUGACAGAUACGUGCAGCAGAAACGUCUAAAAGCAGCAGAAGCAGAGAGUAAACUGAAACAAGUGUAUAUCCCAACUUACAGCAAACCGAAUCCCAACCAAAUAUCCACCAGCAAUGGCAAACCUGGUACUGUGAAUGGGGCCGUGGGAACCACAUUCCAGCCGCAGAAUCCCCUCUUAGGGCGAGCCUGUGAGAGCUGCUACGCUACACAGUCUCAUCAGUGGUAUUCUUGGGGUCCACCUAAUAUGCAGUGUAGAUUAUGUGCAACCUGUUGGCUCUAUUGGAAAAAAUAUGGCGGCCUGAAAAUGCCCACUCAGUCAGAAGAAGAGAAGUUAUCUCCCAGCCCACCUACAGAGGACCCCCGUGUCAGAAGCCACAUGUCUCGCCAAGCCAUGCAGGGGAUGCCCGUCCGCAACACUGGGAGCCCAAAGUCUGCAGUGAAGACCCGCCAAGCUUUCUUCCUUCACACUACAUAUUUCACAAAAUUUGCUCGUCAGGUCUGCAAAAAUACCCUCCGGCUGCGGCAGGCAGCGAGACGGCCGUUUGUUCCUAUUAAUUAUGCUGCCAUUAGGGCAGAAUAUGCAGACAGACAUGCUGAACUCUCUGGAAGUCCCCAGAAAAGCAAAAGCACCAGGAAACCUUUGGCAUGUAUCAUUGGGUAUUUAGAGAUCCAUCCUUCGAAGAAACCUAAUGUAAUUCGAUCUACACCAACUCUACAAACUCCCACUACCAAGCGGAUGCUGACCACCCCCAAUCACACGACUCUGAGCAUUUUGGGGAAAAGAAACUACAGUCAUCACAAUGGCCUGGGUGAACUCACAUGCUGCGUGUCAGACUGAGCUACCCCUGUUUCAUCCUAUAAUCCAAGACUUGCUCCACUGCCCUGCUGCUGUUCAUGGCCGUGCCUGGGAAGGAGGCAGCCCCAUCCCCAGUACAUUUCAGUGGGAGACCUCCAUGCACACCCCAUGGAGACUCGAUGAGGGGGGAGGGGGAAGAAACUGUAGGAGUGCACGCCCCAAAAGCUGAGUCUCCCUGUGUGAAUCAGUGUCACCUCGCUUUCCUCAGAGACCUCGCUGUCCCCGAGAGACCUGCCUGAGAAUUAAGGGCAAGAGGGAGCCACUCCGCUUCCUCCCUUCUCCGCACCCUGCAUCCCUGCACAGCAGCUCUUGGGGCAGGAGGGCGGCUGAGAGCUCCGAGCCACUGCUGCCCUGCAUGCGCCAGCUCAGCUCUGUUGUAAGCUGUAUGACCGUGUACAGGAGGGACAUGGCAUCUUUCUGAAUGGAUUUUUCUUAACAGAUGUGCCAGUGUUUAUGCAAUUCACAACAUUUCCCUUGUCCCCGCUGUUACUGUCACUGGCUUUUUCUCAAUCGGCUUCAUAGUAAUUUUUUUUUUAAUGGGGAAAUUUUCCUCUUUACCUCCUGCAUCCUAUAUUUGAUCCCUUCCCUACCCCUCCAAGGUACAGACUUACCCGAGGUCCUGACAAAUGAUAAGAAAAGUGUCUUUGGGAAGCCCGUGACUCUUCAUAUUGUCUGUAUUUUGUCACUGAAGAAAAGUUGGUGUUCUA